AUGAGUGCGGCAAGAGGGGCUUCGUUACAAGACAACUCGAUAGAAAGAGACGGAUUUUCAAGAGACAAGUCACGGGAAAGAGGCGCUUAUUUGAAAGAUGGCUCUCGGGAGAAGAGCGAGAGGGGCAGGGAGUUCAACGGAAGCCGUUUGGGAGCGGGGACUAGAGUGCGGCCGAGCUUUGAAGAGCUAGAGGAAGGGGAAGAGGGGAUGGGGUGGGAUGGGGAGGAGAGGGAGGAGGGCGAGAACAGGGAAAGGGGGUACGAGGGGUUUGAGGACCAGGGGGUGGGGGAGGAGAGGGUGGAGAGGGGUGAUGUGGGGGUUGGAAGGGAAAGAGAUGCGGUUGGGAGUGGUGAGGAUGGUAAUGGUGGUGGUGAGCAGGAGGAGGAGGAUGGGGAGAUGGGCGGCGGGGCAUGGGGGAAGAAAGAGGGGAUGGUUGGGGGAGAGGAGGGGGAGAUUGAGGAGGGGGAGUUUGAUGGAGGCGGGGGGAGGGAGCCUGGCGGGGCGAGUGACUCUAGGGAGCGUGAUAAUAAGGGGCGCGAGAGUGAUAGGAACGAGCGUGAUAGGGACGAGCGAGAUGGUAAGGACCAUGAUAAUGCGGAGAGGAACUGGAUGGAUGAUCUAAACGAGUUGGAAGAGGAGCAAGAUGCGCAGGAGAAGACUGGUGUGAUAAAAACGGGGGUUGGUAACGGGGAGGCGGAAGGAAGAGAAGGGAAUGGGGUAGAGACGAAGGUGGAGGCUGGAAGGGGAGAAGGGGAGCGAGUGAGAGUGAGGGAGAGGGAGAGGGAGGAGGAUAAGGAGGAAGAAGGGGAGGAGGAGGAGAGGGUGGAUUGGGGGGAGGAAGAGAGCGAGGACGAGGAAGAGCAGGGUUUCUGGGGUAAUGAGCGGGAGAGAGAAAGAGAGGAGGGUAAUAGAGAUCCUGGAAGAAUGGGAGGGUCGGAAGAAGAGAAGUGGCAGGAAUCGGGGGGCGUAGUGGACGAAAUGAGGAGGGAAAGAGAUGGUGGUUACAGGGACAUAGACAGAGACACAGACAGAGAGUUACUGACUACAAGUAGAACAGGAGGAGAGAAGGGUCCGGAUUACAAUGGUUUGGCUUGUGAGGCGCCUCAGAGCUCGAAUGAAGCAGGAGGAGAGAAGGGGCGGGCUCGAGAGAGGGCAAGUGAGAUGAAAGAGCAACAGGGGUCGGGCUUUAAUCAGCCAGUGUUUACACCUACAGAGCAGGAGGAACUCCCAACACAAGACCCGAAAAGGAUAUCAGUUGAGAAGGACGGAGGAAUGAUGAUUGCUAGCGUGGCUUAUGAACAGAAGUCUGCAGAGGGUGAGAGGAGGAGGAGCAGCAGCAGUAGCAGCAGCAGCAGCAGUGAGGAAUCAUCGGAGCUGUCUUUGUCUGCGUCUGAUUUGAGUGAUAGCGAGGCGAGUGAGGAGGGGGAGGAGACGUGGAGGAGAGGGAGGGCUGUGGAGAGGCGUGAGGGGAGAGGUGAGGGGAGGAGCGAGGGGAGAGGCGAGGGGAGGGGUGAGGGGAGAGGUGAGGGGAGGGGUGAUGGGGGAAGCGAGGGGAGGAGUGAGGGGAGGAACGAAGAGAGGAGCAAUAAAGACGCUGCUGCUGCUGCUAAAGGAACGGUUGCUGGUGGCAGCGAUAAGAGUGUUGGUGAAAGAGGUGGUGGGACGGGAAUGGGUGUGCGGCGAGGCUCUAGAGGUAAUUUGAAGGACUUGGAGCGAAAGGAGGGGGAUAAUAGGGAAGAGAAGGAAAAGAGGGUGGAGAGAGAGGGAAGAGGGGAGAAAGGAAAUAGAGAGGAGGGUGAGAGGGUUGGUGCUGGGGCAGGUGGGGGCAUGGGCGUUAGGAGAAGCUCAAGAGGGGAUUUGAGGGAAGAAGUGGGAGAAAAGGGAGGAGGAAGAAGAGAGGGAGGAGAGAGAGGAGAGGGAGGGGAGGGAACGAAUGGGGUGGAGGAAAGAGAUGGUGAAAGGGACGGUUUGCGAGGGGGAGGCAUGGGAAUGAGGCGGGGUUCACGAGGAGAUUUGCAGCGAUUGGAGCGGGAAGAGGAGGAGCGUUCGAAUGGUGGCGUGAGGAGGGGGAGAGAUAGGGAGAGAGAGCGGGAGAGAGCGAGAGGAGGGGAAGGGCGAGAUGAGGGGUGGAGGAAGGACGAUGAGAGGGGGACGAGAAGGGGCGAUGGGGAUGGGGAUCGAGGUGGGGAGAAGGGGCACAGGAGCGGGGGAAGGGAGGGUGGGAAGGAAAGGGGCGCAGUGCAGAGGGGGGAAGGGGAGAAGGAGAGAGAGGAGAGGGAGAAGGAGAGGGAGAAGGGAAGGGAAAGGGAGAAGACGAGUUAUAAGGAGAGAGAAAAGGAGAGGGAGAAGGAGAGGGAGAAGGAGAGAGAGAAGGAGAGAGAGAAGGACAGAGAGAAGGAGAGAGAGAAGGAGAGGGGACAUGGGAGGGGGCAUGAUAGGGAGAAAGAAAACGAGAGGAGGCGUGAGAAAGAACGGGGAAGGGGGGAGAGGGAUGAUAAGGGGGAUGAGUCGAGGAGACGGGAGAGGGAGAGGGAGGAAAUGGGGAUGGAGGAUGGAGAGAAAGCUGGGGAGAGGAAGGAGGAGAAAGAGAGGGGUAAAGGGCAUGAGAAGGAAGAUGAGCGAGAAAAAGAAAGGUCAAAGGCGAAGGAGAAGGAGAGGGAGAGAUGGGGACCAAAAGGGGAGACAAGGGAUCGUGGGGACGGGCAUGGGAAGGAACGCGAGAGUAGGCACAAGGAGGGGCACAAGGAAACAGACAGGCAUGGUCGUGACAACGCAGGGGGUCGGAAGAGGGAGAGAGAGGAUGAGGGGGAGGAAGAGAGGGAGAAAGGGAGGCAUAAGGAUGGGCAUAGGAAUAGUGGUCGGGAUGGGCGGGAGGGGAAGAGGGAAGAGGAGAAGGGAAGGAGGAGGAAGGAGGAGCAGGACAGGGAAGAGGUUGGAAGGGAAGGGAGAGAGAAGGAGGAGAAACGGGUGAGAGAAGAUCAAGGGAAAGAAGAAAAAGGGAGGGAAGAGAGGGAAAGAGAUGAGAGAGGGAGAAAGGGGAUGGCUAAGGAUGAGAGGGGAGGAGAAGAGACAGGGAGGGGGACGAAGAGGAGGGAGGGGAGAGUGACAGGGGAUGGUUCAGAGGAGGAUUAUGGUGGGUCGGACGGGGCGGGAGGGAGGGGGCAGAGGGAGGGGAGAGGGGAGGGAAGGAUGAACGACGGGAGGAGCAGUGGGGGCGGGAGGGGCGGCAGCAGCGAGUUUCAGAAGCCAUCCUUCCGAAAGGCAGGAGAACAGGAGAGGCGAGGGGAGGAGAGGCGAGGAGAGGACACAGCAGAUAAGGAUGGGAGGAAAGAUGAGGAAGGGGAGACGAGAAGAGGGGGGCCUGUCGGUGGGAGAGGCAGGAGCUUUUUGAGAGAUCAGGGGGGGGAUGGGAGGCCUGAUGAGGGGUGGACAGAGGGGAGGAGUAACGAGGGGAGGAGCAGUGAGGGGUGGAAGGGGGAUGCAGCAAGGAGGCCUGGGGAUGGGUGGAAAGGGGAUGAGGCCCGGAGGCCUGGGGAGGAGUGGCAGCAAGGGGAAGGAACGUGGAGGGCUGGGGAUGGGCCUGUGAUGGGGAGGGGGAGAGGUAUGGACUGGGGUGUGGGGAGGGGCGGGAUGGGCAGGGGAAUGGGAAGGGGGGGCAUGGAUGGGGAAAUGGGAAGGGGAAUGGGGAGGGGGGGCAUGAACGACAUGGGGAGGGGAAUGGGAAGGGGUAUGGGUAGGGAUGGAGGUAUGGGUAGGGAUGGAGGUAUGGGUAGGGGGGGUAUGGGUGGGGAGAUGGGGAGAGGCAUGGGUAGGGGCAUGGGGAGAGGUAUGGGAAGAGGGAUGGGGUAUGAUGGGGGGAGGGACGGAGGGGAUGUGAGAAGUGAAGAAGAGAAGCCAGGAGCAGGUGCAGCAGCAGGUGCAGGAGCAGGGUUGUUGAGUAAGGGGAAUAGAAGUGCAGUAGAGGAGGAGUUGGAAGCAAGGAAGAGAGAGAGGAUGAGGCUGAUUGCUGAGCUGGCGAGAAGAGAGCGGGAGGCGGGGGAGGGGGAGGCGGAGUGGGAGGAGGGGGGAGAGGAAGGGGAAGGGGAGGGAAGGAAGAAGAGAGGGAGAAGGAAGGGAGCGGAGGGAGAGGAGGAGGGGGAGGAAGGAGAGGAAAGGGAGGAAGGGGAGCAGAGGAGAGUGAGGGGAGGGGUGAAGAGGAGCAGAUGGGGAGAUGGAGAGGCGGGGGAGAUAGAGGAGGAGAUGGAAGGGAAGGGCAGGGGGGAAGAAGGAAGAAGGGGGAGAGCUGAUGGGGGAAAGGAGGAGAUGAGUGAUGGAGAGAAAGAGGAGGAUUGGAGGGAGGAAGGUGAGAUGGGGGAUAUGGCAGCAGGGCAUGAGGAGGAGGUAGGGAGGAAGGAGGAGGAGGGAAGGGCGCGAACAGAGGGAGUGGGUGGGUCGAAAUGGGGUAGUCGAUGGUUGGAUGAAGAAGAGGAAGAAGAGCGAGCAGCAGAGGGAGCAGAUGAGGAGGGUAGAGCGAGGGUUAAUACCCCGGAUGAGGAGGGUAGAACGAGGGAUAUUACCCCGGAUGAGGAGGGGGACAAGGAAGGAACCGAUAAUGAUAGGAGGGAUAGUAAGGAUGGGGAAGCCUCCAAGUCCCCACUACCCCAUGACCCAUCGCCGUCAGCAGCAGCAGGUGAAGCAGCAGAAGCAGAGGCAGCAGCCGUGAAAGCUAUAUUCGGCGGGUGUCGUAGUGUGGACUCUUUUGAACGGUUGGACGUGCUCGGGGAAGGCGUGUACGGUGUGGUGCAUCGGGCUCGGGACAAAGAAACCGGGAAGAUUUACGCUUUGAAACGGGUCAAGAUGGAGAAGGAGCGGGAGGGUUUCCCGCUAACAUCACUCCGGGAGAUUAAUAUACUAUUGUCUCUAGACCACCCGGCGAUCGUGGGAGUGAAGGAAAUGGUGGUUAAUUCGUCCAUGGAUCGGGUUUUUAUGGUUAUGGAAUAUGUAGAGCAUGAUUUAAAGGUGCUUUUAGACGCGAUGCCGAGGCCGUUUGGGCAGGCGGAGGUGAAGUGUUUAGUGAAGCAGCUGUUAGAGGGGAUAAGCUACAUGCACGCGAAUUGGGUGCUGCAUCGGGAUUUAAAGACGUCCAAUCUGCUGAUGAACAACGCAGGGGGGAUCAAGAUAUGCGACUUUGGCCUGGCGAGGCAAUAUGGGGAUCCGUUGCGGCCAUACACACAGCCUGUGGUUACCCUAUGGUACAGAGCACCGGAGCUGCUGCUGGGGCAAAAGGAGUAUUCCACAGCCAUAGACGUAUGGUCCAUGGGAUGCAUCAUGGCUGAAAUAAUGACCAAGAAACCACUCUUCAAGGGCGAGUCCGAAAUAGAGCAACUCCAAAAAAUCUUCUGUCUCCUCGGAAGCCCCACCGAUGACACGUGGCGAGGGUUUUCAGAGCUGCCCGCAUGCAAAAAGGGAGCCCGGUUCCCGUCCUUCACGGUGAAUCGGUUGAGAGAGCUUUUUCCGGCGAUUUCGAUUGGCGGGAAGCCGACGCUGUCAGAGGCGGGGUUCGAUCUGCUGUCGCGGAUGCUCAUGUGCGAUCCUGGCCGUCGGAUCAGUGCGGCUGAUGCGGCGAAUCACGCGUGGUUUAGGGAGGAGCCUCUGCCGAAGGCGCAGCAGGACAUGCCGCAGUUUCCGAUCUUGAACGAGAAAGAACGCCGGCGUCGACGGUCUUUCCGCAGCCCUGACCCUCUGAAGGAGCUGCAGCGGCAGGAGAAGAUGCGAGAAAAGGCGGGGCACACGGGACUGUUUUCCUAA